UCUCAUUCUCAACGUGAAGACAGCUCGACUGCCAAGAUGGUCAAUGUACCUAAAACUCGAAGGACUUUCUGUAAGAAAUGUGGCAAGCAUCAGCCUCACAAAGUGACCCAGUAUAAGAAGGGCAAGGAUUCCCUGUAUGCUCAAGGGAAGAGGCGCUACGUCCAGAAGCAGAGUGGCUAUGGUGGGCAGACAAAGCCAAUUUUCCGGAAGAAGGCUAAAACCACAAAGAAGAUUGUCCUACGGCUUGAGUGUGUUGAACCGAACUGCAGAUCCAAGAGGGUGCUGGCCAUUAAAAGAUGUAAACAUUUUGAACUGGGGAGAGAUAAUAAGAGAAAGGGCCAGGUGAUCCAGUUCUAAACUUUCAGAUUGCUUUGUUCUCUUAAUUUUGAGCAGAAAAUGCUGAAGAUACAGAAAAUUUAUCUGUAGAAAAAUAAAUGGUGAUAUUCUUAAUCAAAAAAAAAAA